AUGUGCCAGCAUACUGAAGGGCUGCAAGAGGUAAUAUGUCCCACGUUGCUCGGUCACUGUUUCACUGCGGAAGCCUACUCACACUUCUUCAGGGAUGACCAGCGAGACGAAUCUUUAACGCUUAUUUUUUAUCCCCAUCCAUCUCUUCCUACCUUACUCUGCACUUCGAGUGGGCGCACUGGGACACGAGUCAUGGUGUAG